CGAACGAACGAGUGUGUCAAUAUAUUGUAGACUUGGGAAAGAGAGAGCGGGCGAAUAGCGAACGAACGAGCGAGCGUCGAUCAACACUGACUCAAUGAAUGACUGACUGCGACUGAAUUGUUUUUGUUCUGGGCUUUUCUGGCUGCUAGAUCCACAAAGAGUGAGUGAGAGAGACGAUGAUGAAGGGGGUGGGAGGGAAUGGUAUAGAUUGUGCAUGUGCGAGAGAGUGAGAAAAGGCACGCCGCGGCCCACUGGAUUCGAUGUUGCGCGGGCGGCGUCGACGACGUCGUCGUCGUCGUCGUCUUCAAUAUUCACGCUCGACCGAAAUACAAAAUCACUUGUUUGUCUUCGCAACGUGACAAUUAAAAAUACACUAUACACACAAACAUCAACGAAUGCGCUUUGUUUCCAGCAAAUUGUAAAUAUGUAAACAAUUUCGGUGAAUCAGUGAAGAAGAAAAAGAAGAAAGAAAAAACACUAAUCCUAAUUUGCAAAUUGACCGCUCUAUAGGAAAUUGUAAAAAUACACGCCAUGCGUUCGUCGUUUCGGCCGUUUGCGCUGAAUCUGAUAUCGUUCCUGUUUGGUGGAUUCGAUAAUCAGCAACAGCAACAGCAUCACCACCAGCAGCAGCAGCAGAAUGAGCUUCAUAGGCAGCAGGAUGGGAACGGCGACGAACAUCAGCAGCACAAGAGCAAAUAUUGGGGCGCAAAGUCUGCGGAAGAGGUGAUCGUCGAGGCGGAUAGGUUGUACGCGCGGGGUCAGUUCCUCGAGGUCUAUGAGCUUCUAAAUCGGCUCAAGUUCAGCGAUAACGCGGAAAUCCAAUGGAGAAUUUCGAGGAGCCUCUUCAAGAUGUCGAGGUCGGCGACGGCCGGACCCGAGCAGCGACGCGAGAUGAUCGAGGAAGCGCACGAAUUGUUGCAGCGCACCCUCGCCUUAGAUGGUCGAAUAAUGAUCGGUGGAAACGUUUAUAAAUGGUCGGCAAUCAUCGGCGACGAAAGGGCAGGGUUGAUGGGAUUGGAGGCGCGCGUCGCCAAUUACGCGAUCUGCAAGGAUCUGCUGCAGAGGGCCGUCGAACUGAACCCGUCCGACUCGACGUCCUACCACCUCCUCGGGCGCUGGUGCUUCGAGAUGAGCCGUCUCUCUUGGCUGGAGCGCGCGAUUGCUCGCCUCCUCUACGGCCCCAUCCCCGUGGUCAGCUACGAGGAGGCCAUCCACUACCUGCAAAAGUCUUCGGAUUGCGUGCCGAGCGCAUACAUGCUGGGCGAGAUCUGUUUCCGCAUGAGGCAAUACUACAGAGCCAGAUUCUAUUUGAACGUCGCGGCGACGCUUCCCGCGCGCACCGACCACGAGAGGAGGUGCGCCGACAAGGCCAGGCACCUGCUCAUGCGGCUCGCCGUCUACGACCUCAGCAGAGAAACCGUCCUCUUCGAAUACCCUUUCUAACCCCCCAAGACGACGCCGACAACAACAACAACAACAAGCACGUCCCAAGCACUAUUUUCCAGCACAUUUCGGGGAAAUUCACGCGCUCGGGGAAUUUCUCCAAGGACGGCCGCAUAUAUUAAUUGCUCGCCCGUUGUCGUCGUCGUCGUCGACGUUGUUUAAAAAUAGAAAGUCUCCAAUUGGUUGUAAUUCACGCUUAUUUCUGUGUCUGUCUCGCACUCUUCGCCAAACUGAUAAACGCGAAUCUAUAUCUACUCGAUAUUAUUUGUUGUUGAUGAUGUUGUUUGCAAAACUACUUCGAUAGUAGCAAGUACGCAGCAAAGUACAGCAAAUAUUAGUAAAACUGCUAAAAGACGAAUGAACGAAGUUGCCUGGGUUCAAUAGUCCCUCCCAUUCUUGCUGCACAUUCUCUGCGUCGCAGACAUUCAAACACGAAGGAGAAGAUAACACGGAAAUGGUAACAUUGCUGACACAAUACAGCAACACAAGCAUCAGAUGAAAAUCCAUAUAGCUGUGUAGGUGGCAUCAUAAGCAAUAAGAGCAAGAUAAAAACAACUAAAAUCGAAAUGUUUCGUUGAUGAAACCCCCUUCUCACCCUUGGACCUGCACAACAAUUGAGUGUUUCGUUUUUCAUAGAUAAUACGAUACGGAUGAAUAUAAUUUAAGGUCAUAACUGUAAAUGAAAGUGAAUUCCGAUCAUAGUAAAACGCGAACAAAAAUUCACCGAACAGAUUAGAUUGCAAAACUUAAGAAAAAAAAAUCAUAUAAUAAUUGGUUGUUUUCGUCUUUAUUUAAUCACAGAACAAACGUUUGGACCGCGAGUCCACAUCGAUAUAAUCGAUAAAGAACGUGAACCUGAAACCGUGAUCUAUUCUAUUGGAUUCAACAACAUCAACAACAACUAGAACAACAAAAAUCCCAACCGCCAAGAGCAAAGACAAUUAAGAACAGCAAUUCGGAAAGACGCGUAAACACAAUUAAGCGCGCUUCCGCCAACAGCAAAUGAAAAUAUAAUUGCAAAAUGCGCUCACAGAUUUUGCAACAAUAUUAUUAUUGCUGUUGUAGUCGUCGUCGGUAAACCGAAACGUUUCAAAAUACAACAAAAUCAUCGCCUUGAUAGAUGAAUGGAAAGAGGUGAGAGGGGAGGGAGAUGAUAUCAACGAUGAUCGUCGGGUUUUUCGGAAUCGUCAAAUCAUCGCAAUUGCGCGACAAGUAUUAAGUGUGUUAUGUCGGAAUUUCUAAGUAAUACAAAAAUAUAAUUCAAAUAUGAUAGCACCAAACAAACACAUCCGGGAUUCGAUGGUUGCAUACGGAAAAGUGAACGUAACACAUUCACCGAUUACAAUGCGAGACGUUAAUUAACGCAAAGUCCCAUAAAAUCUAUGUACAAUAGUUGUUAUUUUGGGAGAAUCUAUUUUCGAAGCUGGAAAUUAACACCGUAUUCACAACUAUUCAAUUUGUCAGCGGAAAUGCCGAGUCAAUUUGAAAUUUGAAUUAAAAGUAGCAAAACUGCACCGACACAAUGAAUUAAAGUACAAAUAGAUGCGAACAAUUUUACGACUGUUGCGUAAUGCGAGCGUAUUCAAUUAGAAAUAAAUUGUAUUAGGUGUUGCCUAAUCAAUUGCCCGUGCAAAUUACUCAAUAAAAAGCACAUUGCUACUGCUUCUGAUUAGCAAACACUCAUUGCAAGCAAAUAUAACAUUUCGCGAAAUAUAAAUGAUACCGAGAAGCGCAAAUAGAGACUGUUGCUAUCUAAUACGAAACAUUUUAAAAUAAUUAAAGAUUACGGUAGGAGAGAGAGAGAGAGAGAAAAAAGUAACACAUCUUUAACAACGACCACGUAAGACGUAGAAAUAUGUUUUUGGUAUAGUCACGGCUGUUUCGCUAUGCCAAUUUUCGAGUAAACCAAAUUCCGCGUAUCGAAAUGAAUAAUAGAAUAUAAUAUAGGCAGACGCGAAACAAGCGACAAAUGCAAUUGCACAACGACGCACACUGUCUGUAUCGAUGUAUUACGUAACAGGUAGCAGAUAGAAUGCGGAAAGGGAGGAGAAGGAGUUGUAUGCAGCAUGUAAUCUAGCAAGCGCGGCGACGACAACUGCGAUCACGAUGAUGCUGAUUUGUAAUGAAUUAUUGCAAUUGUAUGCAACAAACAAUACAAUUAAAAAAAAAUGUGUAUCAUAAUACCGACGAGUGCGAAAGGCGUGACGCAGUUACACAACGCCCAGAGAUUAUUAUUAUUAUUAUAUUCGAUGCAACAAACGUCGUUGCACGAUCCCCAUCCGUUCACAUAAUACGAAAAACAAACAAACAAAAUCCGAAUAACAGCUGACUACUACUGCUGCUGCAACCGUUUAUGUGUAACGCGGUGCGACGCGUCUUGCUCCUCCACCUCGCUGGUUUCAAUUUACAAAACACGAUUUAUUUGUUUUCUUUUCCUCGAUGAAAACAUAACAAUAAUAAUUGAUAAAGUAAUUAAUUAAUUAAACGCAAGAAGAUAAACGAAGAAGAUAUCAAUUGGAAUGAAUGCGCAAUUUUCGCAUUUUUCGAAUAUUAAUAAUAAUAAAAAAAAAACAAAAACUUAGCACUAAAAUUCUGCGAUUUGCAUGGCAACACAUAAAAUAUAUUAAAGCGUGAACUCGAGUGAAUGAAUCCAAAAGUGGUGAACGACAUUCAUUACCUUUCAAUACGAAUCAGAGACCACCUGCCUGCUCAUCAUUCGUGGAGCGUCGAACGAGCAGGUGGUUUUACUGUUCAAUCGACAAACGAGAACAACGAAGACAGAAUGAAGAGAUGGUGGGUAUGUUAAAUGGUAAUGAUGUGAUCGGUCAACGAGACAGACACGGGAGAUCCCGUUGAAGACGAUUCUGCAUGCUUCGGUGCGUCGCGCGUACAUGGGUGAAUUAUAUCAAUGCUCAAGUAGGACAUGCAUGCAUGUCGACACGCCGAACACGUUCAUUGAUAGAGCGGAAUAACAAUAAAAAGAGAGACGCUAGUCGCUCGCGAGAAGAGAUAAGAAAAGAAGAGGGUUCCAGUGUGGUGUGUUGUUGGGAGCAGGAGGAGGAGACGAAAUCCGAUAUACAUCUAUAUAAUAUAACAUUCCGGCUGGCUUUCGAACGCGAUGAGACGU